AUGUUGACCACCACCGCGUCGUCACGCAAGCGGCGCACCAUCUCCCGCACCGCAAGCACAACCAACAACUUGCUCAGCGGGUACCGCCCGUUCAUAUCCGCCGUCCCCUCGUCCGAGAGCACAUCCAACAGUCUCGUCCCCGGGGGACAGUCCGGCAGCACCGCCCACGCAUGCACCUCGCUGACCACGACCACGAGACGCGGCUUGCGAGCCCGCGGGUGUGCCUGCGCCGACGCGCGCAGCGUCGGCAGCACCAGCAGUCCCAGCAGCACCGUGCUGAGCACGUUCACCGUGAGCGUGCGCUCGUACCCCUCCGCCGUGGCGAAGACGGUCGUCGCGAUCGCGGCGUUCGCCACCACGGCGUCGAGUCUGGGCAGCUGCGCGGCGCGCGCCGCGAAGGCUUGCACGGAGGCGAAGGAGGAGAGGUCCAGUGGCCAGACCUCGCAGAUGCCCGGGCGCCCGGUUGAGGUUUCGAUGGAGGUGCGCGCGGCUUCGCCGGCGGAGAGGGGAAUGGAGGUCGUGGUGGUUAUGGAUCGUGUUUGA